AGCUCCCCUCCCACUUCCCGCCCAGUCAGCUCGCGCUGCCCCUCCAGCAGCUCCUGCCCUUCCCCCAGACACCAGUGACCCCCCCCCCCCCUCCCCACACGCCAGCCGGGUGGCUCCUGGCCCCGCCCCCGGAGGCCCUGCCCCCUCCUCCGCCCGCCCCUUCCCUGUUGCCCUUAAAGCGGCCGUCACGGGCGGUUGGUGGCCUCGCUCCCCCCUCCCCCUCCGGCGGUGGCGCGUGGCGCGCCCCGCUCCAGGCAAGGCGCCCGCCGGGCCGUACCAACGCGGCUAUGGCCUUGCCCGCGGAGGCGGCCCGGGGCGUCCUGGGCUCCCUCCUGCGGGACUUCCCGUCCCCGCUGGGCUCGGAGGAUCCCCUGCCCUGGAGCGCGCAGGGCAGCGCCGCCCUCAGCAGGGCCGAGGCGCCGGGGGAGCUGGCCGAGUUGGCCAGGAGCUUCCUGGGCGGCAGGAACGCACCGCCUCUUCUUGCAGCAUCUUUGAUCCACGCUGCAAUUGACAGACUGCUACAGACUGAUCUUUCUGUUUUUAAGAAGCAGAGUGUGGAAGAGGAGAAAGAGGGAGACCAGAGGAAGUUCACCUUGCUGGAUGGAGGCUCUUUGCAGCGCUGUUUCUUUAAUAAGCUGCGAGACAUCUGCUGUGAAUGGCAGAAGCAACUGCCAUCCCUGAAGUCACUGAAGUGCUUCCUGCUGAUUUCCAGCCAUGCCAUCCGCAACGUCCGCCGGAAAAUGGAGGACAGACAUGUUUCUCUCCCAGAAUUCAAUCAGCUCUUCGGCUUGUCGGAUGAUGUUGAUCGAGUAUACUUUGCUGUAUUUGAUGGCCAUGGUGGAGUGGAUGCCGCCAAUUAUGCAGCGACUCAUUUGCACGUAAAUGUUGCAUUACACAAGGAGAUUCUUAAGAACCCAACUGAGGCCUUGAAAGGCUCUUUCCAGCAAACUGAUGAAAUGUUCCUUUUCAAAGCUGAAAGAGAGAGGCUGCGGAGUGGUACAACAGGUGUAUCUGCCUUAAUUGUAGGGAACAGGUUACACAUAGCCUGGGUUGGAGACUCCCAGGUAAUGUUGGUGCAGCAGGGAAAAGCUGUGACCCUGAUGGAACCUCACAAACCUGAAAGAGAAGAUGAGAGAAUGCGUAUAGAAGCCCUAGGUGGCUGUGUGACCUACAUGGACUGCUGGCGGGUCAAUGGAACCCUUGCUGUUUCCAGGGCUAUUGGUGAUCUAUAUCAGAAGCCCUUUAUCUCUGGAAAUGCAGAUGGCAAUUCAUUUGAGCUGACAGGUUCUGAAGAUUACUUGCUCCUGGCCUGCGAUGGAUUCUUUGAUGCCAUCAGACCAUAUGACGUGGUGGAUCUGGUCCUAGAUCACUUAAAGCAAAACAAAGGAGAUGGUCUCAAGGCAGCAGAGAGACUGGUGGCUGCAGCAAAGGAAAAUGGAUCCAGUGACAACAUCACUGUCUUGGUGGUCUUCUUAAGGAACCCCCCAGACAUCUUGGCAGACUGCUUGGGAAACCCUAGAAGCCUCACUGCUGAUGAGGGUGCAGAGGAUUCACCCUUUAACUUUUUCAGCUCUGAGAUGAACAAUCAGAGCGACAGCCACACAACGAUAAAAUCUUAACUCUCAUAUGUUCCACUAAAGAAAUUUUUCUUUCCAUUAAAGAAGCUGCUAGGAGGAUGGGUAAAACGUCAGGAAUAAGGUGACCAAAAUUCCACAAAGAAAAAUGUCAGAGCUCAUCUUACUAUAUCCAUUGUUCCCUCUUCCCCUGAAACAGCUGAGCAGGCUGGAAGACUUGUGCAGCUACUUCCUCCCUGGACAUAGUUUUAAAGUGUUUGCCAGGUUGCCAGUUCAUGUCCCUCUGUCCUGGAGGUGGUAAGGAAUGUAUAAGCUAAUGGAGGAGAAUACUUAUUUGUAUUAUGCUUAUUUGGGUUCUGCUUUAAUUCAAAAUAGUGCUUAAAAAAGAAAGCUAACAUGCAGAUAGUUUAAUUGUAAUGUUACCUAUUUAGGGUGUGUGGGGGGGAGAGAAGCCAUCAUCAAAUCGAAGCUUGUUACUGCACACUAUCUCUGUGAACAGGUUCAGUAUUCUAGAGGAUCAGGUGUCCAGGAACGGGAUCUUGUGCUUUUCGUGUUAUAUCCUCAGAGACCUCUCAACUUCAUCAUUUCAUACCAAAGACAACAUUGUGAAAGACGGUGAUAUAAUAGAAACCUCAUCCUUUUAAAGAACCAUUUGACUUUUCAUAAUUAUGGGGAAAAUACAACGGAACACUUAAGGAGGGAAACUAGGAAUAUCCUAAACAGAAGAAGCAAUCUGUAGUUAAUUACUUUCUGGCAUGGUCUGGUAAUUAAUUUAAUUGACUGAUAUGGAAAGAAUAACUUAAGAGUAAGGGUGAAUUAUUUCUGUGACACAAACACACUUUAUUAGCUAUUUGGUAACCUGAAAAGAGAGGACACUUGCUGACUGUGUUUGUAAGGGGUCCAUAGAAAUUGUGUGUUUAUGCUCUGCCAGUUCAAUAGGCCCUGUACUUGCCACAUCGUUUUUUAUGGUUUGCUAUCAACAAAGUGAAGUAUUUUAUUUUUUUCUUUUCAUAAAGUUUUCGAGUAUUUACUGAACGUUAUGGUUGUGGGAACUCUUUUUGCAGUGUUACUGGAUUUUUUUUUUGUUUUUUUUAUUUAAAUAGGAUUUUAAAAAUGUACACUUUUGUUGUCUGGCUUUAAAAACUGUCCACCUUCAAGUGCCUUAAAUGUUUCAGAAAAGGAUGGGAAAGGUUAGUUUUCUAUCAAAUCCAGGUGACCAUGUUCUAGUUCUGUUUUUAAAAUUUAGUUUAUUUCAUUAAUAUAAAUAUUUUAAUGCACUUACAGCUCUUUCAUUUUUUUGUGAAUGAUUGAGCAGGAACUGUGUUCCAAGAACAUUUUUGUUUUUCAGUGUUGCCAAACUCUGUGGUGUUUGUGAGACUCCUGAUGUUUGGUGUUUGCUUAAAGGCCCCAGCUAGCUGGCCUCAGGUUAUUUACCUGAGAAUCUUCAAUUUCAUUUUAAAAAAAAUUCUAACCCUCAGUUUUGUAUAGGGCAAACCCUAUGUGCACCAAUACCACUGUGCAGAUUUUCAAUAAAAAGAACCCCAAGUGUGUGUUUUUUAAAAAAAAAAAAAAAAAAAAAAAGUUGGGCCUGACUCACAAUUGCUGGAUGUUGGCAAUACUGCAUUGAUGAUUGUAUAUAUAGUUUGAUACAGUAACUUUCUGAGGCAGUGAGAAGUUGAGAUUAUACUAGAGAACUAUGUGACGUGUAUAUCGUAUGCAUGGGUGCAAGCACGUAGUAUGCGUGCAUAUAUAAUUGCAUUGCUUAACAGAUAGCAGACACAUGACAGUCACAAUCAGUGCUGCUGGAGCCUCUAGUCUGAUUCUGUCACUGUUCCCAUCACCGGGAAACUUUCUGUAUGAGCAGGAUCUGAGAGCUAUGUUGCAAAUUUAUUUUAUAACUUUUGUAUCUGAACAGGAAAAGCAGCCCAUCAGGUGGUGAGAAUGUAACAUCACUUUUGACUUAGGCAUACUGUUUUCAUACAGCAGUCCUGUUGGUUAAAAUGCCCUGAAUAUUUUAAAUCGGAAAUGUUUUAAGGGGAGUAAACGUCAAUGGAAAAUUGAGAUUUGUCUUAGCUUGAUCAGAUAGCAGCCUUAAAAUAACGAGGUGGGGUGAGGAGGCAGAGCAGCACUGAUUGUGCUCGUGCUAUGAUAAGAUAUAAGCUAACGUAAGAUAAUUCAGUUAUCCAAGUGAUUUAUUUGUCAGGUUACCCCCAAAAGAUCGUACAAUUCAACAUAGUAACUCCAUGAGUGGGGGGUGGGGGAAUAUUCCACCACCUAGUAACUCUGACAAUGGCUCUGUUAAUGUAUUAUGGAAAGGCGGUAACCUCUCCAUAGUUUGGUUGUAACCAUUUUUCUAUUAUAAAGAGAAAUUUUGCUACCCUUCUAAAAUGCUUGGGAGAAGCUUUCUCUUACUGCAAGUGAGCUAGGUAAGGUGGAAGGUGAGAGGGAAUUUUUUGUGCCAAAUCUGGCUGUUCAAAUUUGGAGACUUCCCUGAUUAUAAGAAUAAUUCAGUGAAUCUUUGUCAUAUCCUACCUCUAUAAUGAUGCAACCCAGAAACUUCAGCUUAGGUUUGUUUGCUGGGGUUUUGGUGACCUAGUGCAUUUUGGCAUCUUGAGGAGACAAGUCCCCAUAUUCAGAAAUUGAGCAUUCUAUCUGUGUCUUACGGACCUCUCAGGUUCACUGUUACUUUUGUCAAAACCAGGAUAGCUUAUAGAGGUGGUGUAAGAUUUGGAAGAUUCAUGAAGUUGCUGUUUUUGUUUCAGAACUCUGACAGCAUUUCAAAGAUAUGGAAGGAAGCAGGCAGACUUUAAAAGCCAAGCCCUUUGUACCUACCUUUCUGUUAUAAUUGUCUGCCCGGUAAUGCUGCCAAAAUUAAACAAAUCACCUGAAACUUCUGACCGAGGCUCCUUGCCAGGUGAGAAUAUCUUAGCCAACUAUCAAGUGGCUAAGACAUGAUAUUUUUCAGAUAUGGGAGCUAAAAUGAGACUUCAACUUAAAGCAGAAACCAAUGAAUGGCUUAGACUAGAAGAAUCCAUAGUUAAUGGGAAAUACGGAUACUUUGGUUUGGAGUUAUUUGCUGUGGAUUUUUUUGAAUCUUCAUGGACUAAUGGAGAAUUUCUGGAUGAAAUCCUGGUCCUGCUGAAGCCGAUGACAAAACUCUAAUUGUCUUCAGUGGGGCCAGAAUGUCACCCUCUAAGCUUCACAGAGGCUCCUACAGGCUUUCAAAGGUCAGCAGCUCCUACAGAUCUAAGCAGAACCAACCAGGCUAAAAAGUUAGCAGAUUUUAUGUACGUAGACAAGUAUGUUAUGACUGACACACUGUUGUCAUCAAAGGUGCAACCUGUUGUACACAGUACUUACCUCUGAAACUACUUCUGCAUCAAUAGUUGUCCUUGAUCAAAAUUUGAUAAAUAAAUUUUUAUAAAAGAAAAACUUCAACCUGUAGCAUUUAGUAAAUAUCAGGAAUUUAAAAAGGAAGGUGGGGAGAGUGUCUCUUUGAGUGACAUGCAUAAAAAAUAUUGGAAACACAGGAAGCUUUAAACCUAUCCUUUGCUCUCUCUGUGUAAGUGGCACAUUUUAUCUUGAUUUAGGAGGCUUUGUAUAUGUACGUAUCCUAGUGCUGUAUAUGACACUUACAUGAUUGGUGGCAUAUGUACCCCUUAUGGAUCAUGAGGAAUGAGUUCCUUUGCUUAUUCAUCUACAUUUAAAAAGUUCUACUUUUCCUGAGACCUGUCUAUGGCCAUGAAAAAGACACAGAUCUUCAUUCACUGUAUAAGUCUUCUUUUUCUUUUUGAUUGAUUGAUUACAGUUAUCAUAUAAUUCUGGUUGUUCUCUGGGCAAUGGGAUAGGGAGUUAAGGUCAUUUGAUCUUAACUUUAUUUCCAUACAUUCAAAUGCUUGAUCUUUUUACAAGUUUUCUCUUCAAAAUUUCCUGGUUUUCUUUGCACUUAAACAUUCUCUUCAUAUUUGUUUCCCACCACCACCUCCUUAAAUUAUUGGUAUGGCGCAGCUUAACCAAGGUUUGCUAUUAUCUGGGAAUAGUCUCAAGUGUGUGAACGCUUUUAAAAAUGCAUAUAUUUUUAUUUUGGGGGGGCGGGGGGGGGGCAGGCUAAGUUGCCUUUAUAGGUAACAGCAAGGACAUGUCUUGGGUUCUCUUGUUGAGCUUAGCACAUAAAACUGUUCAUGAUUCCAGACAAUUUCUCAGUUUUAGACCCAUAGGUUUGAGUUAUAGGUAGGGCCCUGUGAAUUCCUAGAGUGCAGAAUUGUGCUUAAGAAAGUAAGCUUUUAAUUAAAACAAAAUUAAAAACCCAGCCCUUAAGUUAAUGCUUUUCUUUGAAACUCUGAAUGCAAACCUUGACACUGGCUUCUUCCAGAGACAGCAGAAAGCCUGAAAUGAUCUGAGAAGUGUGACAUUCCUUAUUCAUGUAACUGGGUUGGUAAUGCUGAUACCUAAUGAUAGACCUUUAAAUGUCAACAUAAAAUGAUCAACUGCAAAAUAGUUAAAUGAUUUAGCUAAAAGCUUUGAUUAUCCCACAACCCCAAACUACCCAGCUGUCAAAACCUGCAGCUUCACCCAUGACAAUGUCUAAGAUGCAGUUGUACAUCAUUGAUGUAAAAGAAAUUGGCACGUUGAACAUGUGGGAACAGCAUCAAAUUUAAACACAGGGAGUUACUCUCCCUGUUGUACUAUUAAUUUUCAUAUUUAAACUCCCUUUAAAUGAAACUAUUGCAGAAUUCCUGGUCUGCCUCAACAAAUGGCUGCAGAAUCCCGGACUCUUUCUGUAGAAUUUAAGUUCAGCUUACCAGGGACUAAACAUGCUCUUGAAAUAGAAAUGUGUCUAUCAUCCAUGAGUGUACUAGAAAACUAGUAUAAUCGUCUGAUCAAGAGAAGUACUGGACAUGACACACUUCAGAUACUGGUAACAGAGUUCAAAGGGGCACCAUCAAAUUAAAAAUCACAUUUCUGCCUGAAAUUUAUUUUUUUACAUUCUUAUGUUAAGGUUACUAUAACCUGAGCAAGACGGGGGCAGGGGGAAGAAUAUAGUCUUUAUUUUGUCAGUCUGUUUGUUUCUGCAUAUAAACAGCAAUUUAUAUAUAGUCAGUUUUACUGUUUCCUCUGUUUAGUCAGUCAGAUUUCCCUGAUUUUGGGGACUUUUACAUAGCAAUAGUAAAGGAGGAGAAAGUGAUGUGAAACCACAAAAAUUGGCUGAGGGACUCAGGGCAGAUGUAGUACCUGAAACUACUUUUCAUCUGAAUAGAUUUCAAGUUGGAUUGUGUCCCUUUUUAAGAAGUAGCUUAGAGUAACCAAGCACUAAAAUGUAGUCUUUUAAAAACAAUGCAACAGACACUUAAAAGCCUCAUCUUCUGUUGGAUGAAAACCUGCUUUUUUCAUGAUGCUUAGAUAUGGUACAAGUCUCCUUUGUGCUUGAACAGCUCAGUUCUAAUCCUUUUUACUUUUAUUCUUUAGUCCUUGAAAGAAAUGUAAAAUAAAUUAAUAAAACACAUGUUCUGGGUCUAACCUAAACAAAAGGACCAAAAAUUCAUAAAUUCAUUCAUGGUUGUAAACAAGGAGAGUUGUUCAAGGGAAAAGGACUCCCUGUCACAGCCUGUUAAUGUCUGUGUGACAUGUUUUUUGUAGAACCUUUGAGAGCUAGAUCGAGAUAUAGAGACAGAGCAAUUUUUAGAACAGUGCGGGAGGGGGAAUUAAGUAAAAUCUACCCUCUAACAGUGACAGAGGAAUGAAAGAGAGCAUGCAAGACAGGAACACGUUUAAGUGUUAUUAGUGCCUAUUUUAAAAAGGAAGUGGGCUGGAAAAUAGAGCUACAAAUGUCAGUUUCUUAUGGAGAAAUACCAAGUGCUGGAAGAAAUUAAAAACACUUUUAAAAUGGCAGAACUAGAGUGAUCACCUUGUCUUAUAAUAGUGAGGAAUGGGGUCAGAGUAAAGCAUCCUAGGUGAUUUCUGUGACCUUGCUCAGUAUUGUUGUGUCCUUAGAGGUUCAUGCUGAUAAGUGGAAUUCUAAACACAUUGCAUGCAAGGGAACUAGGCUGAGAUAUACAGUUCUGUGUACACAGGUUAUUGGCUACCACACAGUUGCUGCUGUAAGUAAAUGCCAUGAAGUGUGUUAAUGAAUUGAUAUUGCGGGUUGGAUCUGCUAGGAUGAGUAAUUGGCGUGGAGUUGUUUCAGCAGAGUUGGCAGUUGAAUAGUGUUAAUCAUAGUGAUGACUUUAAUAGCAUUUAAUAGACACUUACUUGAAUUCAGAUCAGAUGAUAUAUUGCUUUAAAAAAAAAAAAAAAAAAGCAUUCCCAGGGCUAUUAGCAUUGUAUGGUAAAAAGACACUAAAACUGCCAGAAGAAAGUUGUGGGUUUUUUUUUUCGUCCUCUGUUUGAGAAGUGCUUGCUUUCUGGAUUCUGGAUAUAGAUCUGCUGCGCUUUCCAUUAGAAACCUGCGUUUUCACUUGAUAUUUUAGUAAAAGAAUAGUUUUGAGCUGAAACGUAGCAGCCACCUCCCACAAAUCCUAAAAGGAGCUUUCCAAAACAGAGAUGCUAUUAAAGAUCACCAAGGAAAUACAGGUGUUUUUUAAAUAUGUAUUGGACAAUAGUUCUUGGCUCCUAAGGUGUCACCAGAGAAUUGCUUAAAUCACAUACAAGUCUAUGAAGGGUAUAUAUUGAGAGGUUGUUUCAGUUGAAACUUCCUAAGAUUAAAAAAGCUAUAUUAAAAGAAAAUUCAAGGUCUAACUUGACAGACAAAAGCUAGGAAAAUUGGAGUCAAUGUUGCUACUCCAUUCUUAGCACUUAGAUGCCACAGUGAUGGGUGUUCUACAAUUGCUGAAAGAUUAAUGGAUCACUGUGCACAGUUUGAGGUUAUGUAUCGCCACGUGUUGUAUUUGAGUAAAAGCAAAUGCUUCUGGGGAUGUGUGGGGGAAAAAUCAGCCUUAACGAAUUUUUCUGAUCCUUGUUAAUCUAAUACUUGAAGACUGCAGGUGGUUUUUAUAUAUAUAGAUAGCUGUUAGUUAAAUUUGGAUUAAAACUUCCGUUCUUACUUACAGGUGCCUUUAGGCACUAGUGCAAUAUUCUAGCCACACUGUGCUAGGCAAUAUACUAGCACAGAAUUAACUGCCUCUUUGCAGUUCUUCAUAACUUUUGGACUAAUUUCUUUUGGGUUGAAAUUUCCCAGGCUGUAUCUCGUCCAAAAAUUAGUGUUUGGAAAAUUAAUGCAAAAUCAUCUAAACUGUCUGGAAUAAUUGAUGGUUUUCCCCAUGCAUCUAUUAUGUAUAUAUCUUUUCUAGUUUGGGUUGUGAACAGGAAGGGCGGUUGUGACCUCCCACCGCUUUCUUUCUGGUUUAGUGGAGGAGGUGGUUCCAAAAAUGUCUGUUGUAACAAGAGUCCUGGUCUGGAGAAGGGUGAAAACUACUGCGCUGAAGCACCCAUUUGGUUUGCAGAAUGCUACCAUUGGAAGGUCUAUGCUACAAAACCCAGAACCCCAUUUCUACCAAAAGGGUUAGAACUUGUAGUAUGGACAAGACUAGGUUAGUCCCAUCCACACUAUAAGCUCGAAUUCUGGUUCAGUUUUAAAGUCCCUGUUUUCAUGAGACCCUCUGAAAAGAGGAAACCCAUGUGAGCAUCCUAAGUUGUUCUGCAGUUCUGGUUUUGUGUGGGUUUUCCAAGCUGUGCACAUUCCUGCUGAUAUUGUUUACUUUCCUGUGCACCAGCAACAAAAGACAGCUGUGUUGGCAGCAUAGGAAAUUUUGCAAAAUGCAACGUUCCUCCAAUAAAGGAGGACAAAAUCAAUAGAGAGAAAAAAUGUUUUCAAGCUUCUUGGAAUACAAACAAUGGAAUGCAAAAAAUCCAAGCUAGAAGAAAGUUGGCAGUGCGCUGUCUGAAUAUAUCUUAGUUAAGGAAACCACUGUUCUAAGCUAAUGCAUUUUGUCUGCUUUAUUUUAUUGACAAGCUUCCUACACCCAGGGGUUCAUGUCUUGUUGCUGAUAUGUACUUUUUAGCAUGAAGAAAUGAGACACCUAUUUAACUUGCUGAGGACUGGGGAUCUGUUUCUGCAGAUUUCCCCUAGUUAAAACAUGAUUUACCAGAGCUUUCUGCUUUCACAAGUAAUGAGCCAUAUUGCACCAAAUCUCAACAACACUUUAAUAUCACUAGUAGUGGCUUUUUUUUUUAUGAUAACUCAUGCAUUUGGCCAGCCUAGUGACACUGCUCUGUAUUGUCAUACUGAAGACCCUAGUAUCUCCUCCCCUGGUGGAUUGAUCUCCAAGGCCUAGCAAGAUAUGGGAAGUAAUGCACUCAGCUCCUAGGGGUGUGUGUCAUUCAGCAGUGACCUAGUUAAGGUGUGACUUUUGCCAGUUGUGAAGGGAGUAUUAUCCAUUCCUUGGUCAAAAGGAUGGUGUCCUUUAGGACUUCAAGGAUAAGGGAGACACAGCUAGAAAACAAGAGGAAUCUUAAGGGCUUCUGAGAGGGAUCCCCAAUGCAAUCCGUUUCUGUAGUUGCCUCUGCAUAUUGUUCUUUUUGUCUAAUGUGACUCUAGUUAUUGCUAAGCUAUUUAUUAAUUAUGCUGUUUGCUCUAGGGUUUGAGCAAUAUAGUAUAUAAAAUGUCAUUCUUAUUUGCUAGAGAUUCUCUGUGAUGGGAGGAAAUGUUAUACUAGAAUAAACAAUGGGUUUCAGAGUAGCAGCCGUGUUAGUCUGUAUUCGCAAAAAGAAAAGGAGGACUUGUUAGUCUCUGAGGUGCCACAAGUACUCCUUUUAGUAUAAACAAUGCAUCUAUUUUUACCUUUAGUUCUAGAGAUCUAAGUCUGCCUCUUAUCCCCGCCUCAUUUUUCCUUUUCUUCCCACUUCUCCCUUGCCGUUCCUCAUCUAGAAAGGAAGAAUGGUCUUCUUUUGGAACUAGCAUCAAAGUUUGUGUGUAACUCUAGACAAUAAACUCCAUCUGAAUUGGCUCAGUGCAGAUGCCCUGUAUAAUUUUGUCCAGUCUGACUUAAUUCCACUGUAAAAAUACAGAUCUGUGGUCCGAUGCUGCAAAUGAGCCUCUGGCAUUGGGAACAUAGGAAAUGCCAUACAGAGUACACAGGACUAGAUGACCCACUGAUUUGAUGUAACUGACAUUUUGCCAGUACCAGAUGCUUCAGAGGAAGACCUUAAUCUCCUAUUAUGCCAUAACCUGCCAAUAGGGGAUGCUUCAUCUUAAAUCCAGGCAGUUAGAGCUUCUUAUGCCUGUAGCAUGAGGGUUUAUAUUGCUUAACUUCUAUCUUCGUCUGGGACACACCUUGCUAUCACCCUGCCUGUAGAGGAAUCACACUUGUUUCCAGCCAUUUUAUGCUGGUUUGAAAGGAGAAUUAUUUGCCUCUUCGGUUCUCCCUUUGCUCCCCACCCCAAGUGAACAAAAAAGAAAGACAAUCUAAUAUGUAUACUUCAAACUUCUCACCAAGACAUUUCUCCAGUGUUAGGUACAUAAUAUAAUGUAAGCACAGUAUCAGACAUCUAGCAGCAAUGUUAGACUUUUGUAACUACUUGUAUUGAUUAAAAAUGCACAUAAUUAUGAUCAGUAUUAAAAUAGUUUUUGAGUACACAACUAUUGCUUUAUUCUGGCAACCUCCUCUUAGCAUGUUGGCUAAUGAACCUUGGGUGAAAACAAGAAGGACCGAUUAUUAGAAAUAAGGGAUCUGUUAGUUGUGUCAUUUAAACAUAGUCCUCACUUAUUUAUUUUGACUGUUACUCUGCAGUUGCAGAGAGGCUGAGAUACAGCAGGUUUUGUAAGCUGUGGCUUAAGCAGUUAUCCAGUAUUUUAAGACUUUUUCUUUCCUAUUUAAGCUGACUGGUUACUUGUGCAUGAGCUGUAAACCUGUUAUUAAACAUGCUAUGCAUAUUGUAUAUUCACUUAUGUGAAUUGUUCUAACAGUGCUUGUGUGUGUUGUGUUAUGAUGCUACAUUUCCUUAUAUAUUUACGUGUAUUGCAUGUGGUUUAAUUGUUUUUAUAUUGUCACUUUUGUAUUCACAUAGUGCCUGAAGUAUCUAUUUGCCUAUUGCAAGAAAUUUAAAUUGUUUCAGAACAGUGAUUGAGUAGCAAAGGGAGUAGGGGCAAGAGAUUCCCUUACUGUAGGACGUGUUUUGAAGUGUUAAUAAAUUGCAAGGAUCCAAA